AUGGAAAUUGACAAUAUCACAAUUCGUAAACGCAGGACAAAUGAUUCUAUCGAUUCUUCUUUUACAUCGCAAAGAACAGAAUUUAGAAGGCAUAGCUUACCCGAUUUAUCGAUUGGAUAUGAUAGUGAUACAGACGAAUUAAGGGAAGAAAUAAAGAACUUGCAGAAGAAACUAGACAGUGCAAACGGUGAAAUUGAUAACUUAAAUUAUGAAAUACAUACCUUAACUAAGAAAAUAAAAGAUCAGCAAAAAACUAUUGAAAACCUCAAAAAGCUUGCUACCGAAUCUAAUACGAGCAUUAAGAAAUAUAACUCAACGAAAAAAAUUCUAAAAAGGCAAUUACGCAAGGAUUUUAUAGAUAACUCACUAGAUGACCUUAAUUCAAGUUUCCGGGAAUUACAGAUAAGAAAUGAUAAUUUAAUACAAAGUAAACAAUCUCAAACCUGUAGCCAAAUUCAAAAACAAUUCUUACAAAACAUUGACAAUAAAUGUAUUAAGUCCCAAAUGUUAUCACAAGAUAACAAUACCCGUACCAAAAUUUAUACUUUAAACCAACCUUCAACGAAUAAAGAACGAAAAAAUAAUUUCAAAGGAAAAUAUUCAUAA